UACAAUAGUGUAAGAGAUAUUGACAUUCUUAUGAAAUUUUAUCACCGAUGUAUUGGUAAUUAAAAGUUAGAAACUAAGGUGAAUUAGGAGUGUUUUUGAUUGAACUUAGCAGAGAAAAAAACGGAGCAAUUGAUUUGUGGUAGCCCUAAAGGUUUAAUGGACAAACAAAUAUAUCUAAUGUCAGUUUUUUUUCUCUAUGGGUUGGAUUUUGUGUACUGAAACAAUGGAGUAGAAAUAGAUUUCCACUUAAAGCGUGAAAUAUGAGCAGCAUUGGGAUCCAGGUGCGCCGUGAUCCCUGUCUCCCGAGUAUCGCACGUGGCGCCCGCUUCCGGAAGCUGCCCGGACAGACGCCGCCACCGGCCAUGAGCGCCGACGAGGUUCCAUGGCGAGGCCAGGGCGGACGGCCGCCAACGAUGAGCAGCGUAGAGUUUGACAGACAACUAGAUAAAAUUUCAGUGUGGUUGGAGGGUUGGACGCAUGAACAAAGGUGCCAGAUUCUAGAGGGCAUCUUGCGGCGCAGUAACUACACCCAGUUCCGGUUCCUGUCCACCACCCUUCAGCCGGCCCUGCACCGGGACUUCAUGUACACAGCCCGCGCACAGUUCCCCGCCCUUGACUUUCAGCCCGUCAGUACACACACAAGCCGAAAACUCAAGGAGAAGCUCCACAGUACCCGACAGAACGAUUACCACCGGAUAGACAGCGCACACCUGCGGGAGGACGGACAGGCGCUUGAGAAGUCGCACGAGAAAGCGGCGCUCAAACUUCCACACAUAACCAAUGGGAACUCGCUUACGCCCCGAGAAACCGGAAGUCUGUGGUCAGUAAUCCCUUCUAAGCGUCCCCGGCGUAGCAUGAGUAUGAUGGAGCGACAGGGGCCGGAGAAGUGGGUAGGGGAUGGGAACCCUUUAUAUGAUAAACACCCUAAUAUCAGAUACAUUGAUAUGCCUACAAGACGACACAUUCAGGACGAAUUUUCUCCACGGCCGCCCGCACAGCCGUCCGCGGCGCUCACUUCCGCUUCCUUCAAAACCGGAAGUCUCAGCACGGUGCAUGCGCAAAGCGACGGUGCCCUAGUGGGGCUGAAAAAAGGAAAGACGAAAUCAAAGAAAUCGCCGACCCUGAAUGUUUUACCAGAGGAAGCCAACCAGAUAUACUCGUGGUACUUCAAUAAUUGGUCAGACGUUAAAAGAAAUGAAUUCCUGCACAAGUUCUUGCUGAAAUUAGACCCCAGACAACAUUAUUUCGUCUCAAGUUUCUUGACAUCACGCCAGUAUAAAGACUUCAUAAGUCUCUUGCCAGAAAAUAUAGCCCUCAAGAUAUUAGACCAUCUCAGCGUGAAGGACCUUCUGAACUGUUGUAUGGUAUGCAAAAAGUGGAACGCCUUGGCCAACAAUAACGGCCUCUGGCAACAGCAAUGCGAAAGAGUUCGCCUCGAGAUUCCCGUAUACGAACAGGAUCUGGCCGAUUGGAAACAAGUUUACAGAGAAAAUAAGUCACUAAAGGUCAACUGGAACGAUGGGAAUUGUAAAGUUACCGAUCUCAAAGGACACAGUGAUAGUGUGACCUGUGUGAUAUUCGAUCGUACCCGGCUUGCCAGCGGGAGUCUUGACAAAACAAUCAGGGUAUGGAACCUUCAGACGGGAAAGUGCCAGCACAUCCUGAAGGGCCACAUUAAAGGGGUCUGGUGUCUCAACUUCUUCACACAAAACCUGCUCAUAAGCGGCUCGUUCGACGGCACGAUUAGGGUUUGGAAUUUACGAACAGGAAAAUGUCAGAAAACGAUCCUUGCCCACGACGGUCCAAUUUGGGCUCUUGGUAGAAGACACGACAUUCUAGUCACUGCCUCACAGGACAAGCUGGCAAAGGUAUGGGACAUCAACCGCUGUUUUCUGAACCAAACGUUGGUGGGUCACACGGCGGCUGUGUUUGCAGUUGACAUGAGCGAAGAUGGUAGCCUUGUUGUCACUGGAUCCGCUGAUAAGAGUGUCCGGAUCUGGAAUAUCGAGAAUGGACGUUGUCUGCGAUGGAUUUCCGUCAGCCAAACCACGUCAGUCAUGUCCGUCAGUUAUAGCCAAGGUCACGUGGCCUGCUCCUACGGCGAAACAAUUUGCGUCUACCGCGUCGAAGGGCCUACCAAGCUUAUCAGGAAAUAUCUGGACAUUGUCAAUGAACAUCAGAAGAGUGUUUCUACGAAUCGGGGCAGAAUUGAAUGCCUGAAAUUUCGGAUAUCAGACCAGACCAAGAGUGAGGGCGUGAUAGUGAGUGCAGGAAAAGACGGACGCCUCAAAUACUGGGACAUUCAGAAAGAGAAGAGUAUUCAGACAUUUGUUGGACACAAAGGAAAGGAGGUCAAUGCGAUUCACUUUGACGAGUUGCGGAUUGCCAGUGCAGCGCAUGACAACAAAAUAAGAAUCUGGGAUUUCAAUGUCUAGUUGGGCAGUUGAUCUUGUUUUAUAAAUGUCCAAUCUCUCGCCAAAGAGGUCGAGAGCUGGACCCCAGCCAGGGUCAACAUUCACUAAACGUCUUGAGUUUGAGUUUUUGCCUCACAAUCAGAAAUAAAAGACUUUCAUUUUGUUAUAAAGAUGCUGUUACAGAUGGGAAGAUGGUAAACAUUGUUCUAUCAAAAACAAAUAACGUGUUCUACAUCAGGCAUACAUAUUUUGUCAAAAUGAGUUAUAUUAUAUCUAUUUUGAAACAAUUCAAAAUUUAGUUUUUUGAGCCUGAGUCUGAAAGUCAUACUUAAGACGCUAGUGAAUACGGACACAUGCUUCUCAAACCGGACACUAGUAAUUUAAUCGAGAAAACCGACCCGAAUGUGAACCAUCUCAGUAAUAAGUUUUCUUCACAGACGAACUUUAUAAUUAAGCCUAAAAUACCUAUGUGUAAGGCAAUACCCACCUACUUAUCGAAACCCCUAGUUUUUGUCUAACCUAAUUAUAUAUGUUUCGGUUUUAAGUUGUUCCUGACUGUGAAAUCCAUUCGUGUUGACUACAAAUUAAAAAAACUAUGUAUUAGUUAUUUAAAACACAAUAUACUGGAAUGUCAUGGUGAUUUGUAUUCGCAACUUGCUUCCUUGUUUUAAUAAUACAUAAAGCAAACCAAAAAGAAGACAACCCAACUUUGUCCCUACCAUACCUAGAAUUUGAAGACCCUAAACUAAGAUAUGUUUUAGGCCUUACUGAAUAAGCAUUGUCUAGUUUCACAGUCCAUAGGAUGUAUUAAUUGUCGAUACAUUUGUGGCCUCAUUCAGACACUUUAUAUUGUUAAUAAAAACGUGUUAUGUUCUAAUAAAAUAUUCUCGUGAUCAUUUACAUUUUACGACGGUUGCUAAUCAGCGGAAUUGUGAUUUGCAAACAGUUGGAAGCUACAGAUUCCAGUAUGCACAAGAAAUGGCGAAAACAACAAACGAGGUUGUCAAACUGGAAUGUGGAACCGUUUGUAUAGCUAAUUGCAUGGUUAUUAGUAUGCAUUUUUAAGUGACCGAUUAGAUUAUUUAUGGACAUACACAGGCGUGCAUAGAUGCGUCAAGCUCUAUCAUAUAUGUAUAUAUUUUGCUUUGUUACAAUUGAUAAUAGUCAUUGAGAAAAAAUAUUCACUUUCAGUAUUAUUUAUUUAUAUUUUAUUGCCUUGUUAUUUUGUUUGUUAUCCAAUAUCACAAUAAAAUAAU